CUCCCCUCCGAGCCCCUGGCGCCUUCGCUCUCCUCCCCCGCCCUCGCGGCCUGCCUGGGCGCGUUACGCUGGCUGCGCAUGUCGGUUAGGUCUGUCCCGAGGCGGCCUCCGUAGUAAGGGCUGUUCUCGGCGGGGUUUGAGGGCCGAAGCGGCGCGCGCUUUUGAACCCCGCUCUGCCAGGGCCCCGCAGCGAUGAGUCUCUGGGCGGACAAGUACCGGCCAUGCGCCCUCGGCAGGGUGGAUUAUCACCGCGAGCAGGCGGCCCAGCUCCGCAACCUGGUUCAGUGUGGUGACUUCCCUCAUCUAUUAGUGUAUGGACCAUCUGGAGCUGGAAAAAAGACCAGGAUAAUGUGUUUGUUAAGGGAGCUGUAUGGUGCAGGAGUGGAGAAACUGAGAAUUGAACAUCAGAACAUAACAACACCCUAAAAGAAAAUUGAAAUUAGCACCAUUGCAAGCAAUUAUCAUCUGGAAGUUAAUCCAAGUGAUGCAGGAAACAGUGACCGUGUGGUAAUUCAGGAGCUGUUGAAGACAGUAGCACAAUCCCAACAGCUUGAGACAAGUACUCAAAGAGAUUUUAAAGUGGUGCUGCUGACAGAAGUUGAUAAACUUACUAAAGAUGCUCAGCAUGCGUUGCGAAGAACCAUGGAAAAGUAUAUGGCCACCUGCAGACUGAUCCUGUGUUGCAAUUCCAUUUCAAAAAUCAUUGCACCUAUUCAAAGCAGAUGUCUGGCAGUGCGAGUUCCUGCUCCCAGUAUUGAAGAUAUCUGUCAUGUGUUGUCCAGUGUGUGCAAGAAGGAGGGGCUGACUCUUCCUCAGGAUCUGGCUCGUAGGCUAGCAGAAAAGUCUGGCAGGAAUCUUCGGAAGGCACUUCUUAUGUGUGAGGCUUGCAGAGUCCAGCAGUAUCCUUUCACUUCAGAUCAGGACAUCCCUGAGACAGACUGGGAGGUAUAUCUGAGAGAGACUGCAAGUGCUAUUGUCAGUCAGCAGACUCCCCAGAGGUUACUUGAAGUUCGUGGACGGCUUUAUGAACUCUUAACCCACUGCAUUCCUCCUGAGAUAAUAAUGAAGGGCCUUUUGGUCAGAACUUCUAAAUAAUUGUGAUGGGCAACUAAAGAGGAGGUUGCACAGAUGGCAGCCUUCUAUGAGCACCGACUACAACUGGGCAGCAAAGCCAUUUAUCAUCUUGAAGCAUUUGUGGCAAAGUUUAUGGCACUUUAUAAGAAGUUUAUAGGAAGAUGGACUAGAAGACAUGAUGUUCUAAAACAUCACUGAACAUACAUACUAUAAUAUAUGUCACAACAUUGAAAGUUCUGCUGAUAACAUAGUCUACUCCUCUGAGACUUAUGUUUGUACAAGUUAUACGUCAAAGUCAAUAAAAUCUCAUUUACUUC